CAUACUGAAAUAAACGGUAAAUAAUUAUCCCAAUUGAAAAAAUAUUCAAGUUGAUUAUAUGUGUAACAUUUGUGAUGUAUGUUACAGCUGAACUUCUGUAGCAUAAUCACAGUGGAUGAGAAGAUGUCCUACACCCAGCACCCACAAGACGCAAACAAGACAGUGUUACAGCAGGAGUCAGUGGUCAAUGUGCGGGGCGUUCCUCUUUCCAGCUACAUCGAGCACUUCGUCAUCGACAACAUUGCCAAAAAUGCUGAUAAGGGUCGUCAGGCUAUAGAGAUCGUGAUGGCAAAAAUCAAGCAGGAAUCUGUAGAGUUGCAGCACAGCGCGAAGCAACGAUUGGAGGCACUUAACCACAUGACCUUCCCAGAUCCAACAUCAUUUUGACCCCGCCACAACGCAUGAUAGAUCUCUAUCAUUGAGCCACUCACAUUCUAGAAAUCCGGCCAAACAGCAGGGAUGAGACAUAGAAUCAUUCAGCAUUAGUUUGGCCAAUUGGCAGCAUGUUUAACAAGAUAUUGGUUCUAUUUACUAUAGAUACACCAAAACGAAUUACACCAAUUAAUAUUUAUAAAACAAUUUUUAAGAAAUGUGCUGUUGUGAUAUAUUAUGAUGAUGACCUUCAUUAUCUUGUUAUUUAUGAUCAUUCCUGAUUGUUAAUUGAGAUCUGAAUUAAGGAAAAAAGCACUGAUAUUUAAGUUACUUUUAGAGGACACACAUGCACUGGUUUCCUUUUUGUGAUGCCCGACUGCGGUGUCAGCAUGGCAGAUAAUUCUUUUGUAACACUUGUAUUUAUUAUCUUAUCAUGAUGAAACUUUGUGGCACUGUAAGUAGUCAUAGCGUCCAGAUCAAGUUUUGUUUGGAUCGUUAUUAUCUUGUGCAGACAAUUACUUUAUAGGUAUUUAUUAUGAAUUCAUUAUGAAACUUAAAGCCAUUGUCAAGGUCAAGUUAGACAAUCAGAUGCAUCUCCUCUGUAAAACAAGAAUUAUUUCCCUUUUACAAAAAAAAUACUAUUGGUUUCUUCUUUGAAUAUAUUAUUCAGACCAAGUUCUCAUUUUAAAACACCAGUUUACUUCUGAUAUAUUACAAGGGAUAAUUUUUCGUAAACACUUUCAACAGAUGACAUUUAUUAGCGAAUUCAAGUUGUAUAAUGACUUUUAGAAAUUUUAUGCCGGUCAUGUUUAUGAGGGAACAAAUUAUCAUAAUAGUGUGCCUUAACAUCCAUUUUGCAGUUUUCAAAAAAAAUCAGCAUUUUACACAUUUUUGUGAAGGCACAUUGCAGGAAUAGCAAUGACAGUUCAUAAAAGAAUCAUUUCUUUAUGUCAGCUUGUAAGAGGUUAAAUGUAUAUAUUUUUUUUUAAUAUUUCACAAUAAUAGCUCAAAACAUGACACAUUGGACAUGAUGGACUGAAUUAAGUUUAGUUUUAUCGGUGUUCAGAAAAGGAAAAAAAUGUAUUGAAUUUGUAUUUUUUCAUAAAUAGAUCCAAAAGAAAAAGAAACUAAAGAAACUCUUCAAGAUCUUAUUAAAGAACAUAGUGAAGUAGUAUAGUUACGGACAAAAGAUCUCCAUGUGUUUUCAAUAUUAAAAGAAUUGGUACUAAAGGAGAUCCACAAAUGAAAUAUAAUUUCAGUUCUGUCUGUGAAUGAAAGAAACUGGACUAUUUUCAAGCAGUUUGCAUACAUUGUGGAUGCUUGGCCCCUCAAAUUGUCUACUAUUACAGUGUCCACUCCUGGAGAUAUUAUAAUUAUAGUCACAUCAAUAGAUUCAUGUUCAGAUAUAUUGCUUUAAACAAUUCAAGCAAUAGUAGCCCCUAUUUGUGACAUGCAAAUUUUAUGUAAACAUGUUAAACAGAAUAACACAAGCGUGUGUAGUCAAUUUAACUUGUACUUUUCUCCACACAUCAUUCACUGUAAAUGGUGCAAUUUAUAUAUACAUAUAUCUGUAGACAUAUAGCCACUAAUACACAUUCUAAUACACUCAUUGAAUAUUUCGCUGCUUUGAAGGGCUUUAUAAACAAAAUGCUCAUUUUUUUGAAAAUCAUGCAUCCAUCUCAACUCAGCUAAUAAAUGUGUUGUUAACGAGUUUUUUAUGAAGAUACACCAGUCCUAGUGUGUUGGUCUGUUACUUGGACAUGCAUAGUAGGAUUUUAAAUAACUUGGUACCAAUGUUCACCAUUAGAAUAUGGUGUGUGGUGUGGAAAUUCCAUGCAUAGGUCAAAGUUCAAGGUCACACUAGAAGAUCAUUGGUCAUAAUAACUUGUAUUAUGCUGGUCUGGCUGUAACUUGGUCAUGCAUGACCUCUUGCAUAUCACCAAAACAAUGCCAAUAAAACUGUUUUAAUAAUGUCUUUUCAGCGGCUUGACAUUGUUGGUGUUUUGUCAACAAAGCUCUAGUCUUAACAUAGGGAAACAUUUGGAAUUACCCUUGUGCAUAUAUAGUAUCAAUCGUUUGUUUAAUUUGCCAAAACCAUCUGAUUGUGGGAAAUGAAAACCUGUUUUUUGUGGCAUUGCAGGGUUUCUAGUGAAAAGGCUGAAUGAAGUUUAGAAAUUCUAACAAAUCCUCCAUUGAGAAAAUAAUUAAUUGUAUUUAUUGAAUACAUUAAAAUUCAGAUUAUUGUCCUUAAAUACAAUUAAUUAUUUCAUCAAUUUUUAUCAUAUCUGAAAAGAUUGUUUUACGUAUUUUUAUUGCACUGUUAAUGCCUGUAAAUAGUUCAGUACAAGCACAUCGCCAUGUGUAAAGUCUGUGAUAUUUUCAUUACGUUGCAUUUGGUCAUGUUUAUACAUUUUUCUGUUGGCUUGCACACAAUAGUCCUUAAUUUUUGUACUAGAAGCACCAGCUCUGGUUUAUUUAUUGCACCUGUUUUGUUUUAUAUUUCAAAUACUUGACUCAAAGCCUGUUUGACAGUGCUUUCAUUGGAGUGUAACACUUGCUCAGAACACUUGGUUGUUUCACCAGUAAAGCUCCUGCCAACAGAACAUGGUCAAUAUCAUGUCUUGUUGAAGGCUCGCGGAAGCCACUGGGUACAUUCACUGAGAUUUCUCAUGACAUCAUCCAGCAAAAAUGUUUUAUAAUAUUUUAUGUUAGUGUCUACUUUUCGUUUUUUUUAAUAGCAAUACAAGAUUGGCUCAUUAAAUCAAUUUUCUAAAAAUGUUUUACCUAAAAAAUUGGAAUGAUAACUCAUUCCUGUCUAUUUUAACCUUUUAGUUUUAUUGCUACAGUAUGUAGAAAUUUCAUUUUCGAUAUUUUGAUCUACUUUUUUUAAGCCACAUGUAUACCAUUUAAAAAAAGAGAAGUUGCUGUAUAUUCUCUUCUGUUUAUGUUAAGGUUAACCAUUUCGGUUUCUUUUUCUGAACAAAAAGGUAAAUGCUACAACAAUGUUCUUUCUAAUUUCUGUUAACAUAAUAGUGUAUGUAUUAAAAAAAUCAAUAAAGCAUUAUUUUUCUA